UGGGUACACUUGGGGAAAUCAUUGGAUACGCAACUCCUACGGUUCAACAUGAGUGGCGUGCUGCGUCGCGGUUCCCUGAGCUUCGACUGCCGGGGCAGCAACAGGGGCAGCCUCGAGGCCAACCUGUACGGUGGAUAUCGCGAGACGAGGCCGGGUCCGAAAACCCCGGAAAUCAGUGUAAUAGCCCUGGACUUCCGCCGCUACUCCGAAGACUUGAAGAAACCCUCAACGGAUGAGGUUUCCAACAACAAAGAACUGCACAGUGGGGAUCCCCCCGCUCGGGAUCUCAGCCAGGACGUUGAUAGUGAUGUGAUAUCCAACUUCCUGGGACACUACACCCGCUGGAGCUUCCUGUGGACCCUGCUCCUCUGCCUGUUCCAGCUGCCCACUACUUUUCACCUGUUUAUGUUUGUGUUUCAGCCAAUGGAGCUAAGAUCUGCGGGUGAGGCCACGCCCAUGCUGGCAGCCCAAGAUCUCGAGGGGAUCGAACAUUUGCACACAAAACUGCUGGAGCAGCUCUUUGGCUGCCUGACUCCCUGGCAGGGCUUCUGGUGCGCGCUCCUGUCCAUCUUCCAGGCCAUCUGCACCUUCCACAUAUUCGUCUAUGUGUUCCAGACUGCAUCAAAGGACUUUUGGUGUGCCAGACCUGACAAUCUAAGUCACAUGAGCAUUCCCGAAUGGCGCAAUCUGAGCCAAACCCCCAAUGGAUGUAAUAUUCUAGAUCUGGAUUAUGAACAAGUAUCCUACGAGAACAACCAACUGAUAAAUUGGCCAGCAAAUGCGAGUAAUUUUGGUUACCGAAAGUGUCAACACUUUGAGUUCUCCGACGAGGAUGGAAGUGCCAAAACCCUGGUGCAGGAAUUCGAGUUGGUUUGCGAAAGGAACAUCCUCAGCCUGGUGGAGACGUGCUUCCUGGUGGGUGCCGCUGCCGGUGCAGUUCUUAGUGGAUGGAUCUCCGAUCGUUUUGGCAGAAGACACACUCUUAUGGCGUUUGUCACAAUCCAGAGUGUUUUCGGUGGAAUUUUGGCCUUCUCAACAUCGGUGGCCAUGUUCAUGUCGCUACGUGUUAUAAUUGGAUUCGCAUCAAUGACCGUGACUGUUGUGAGUUUCGUGCUGGUUGUGGAGCUGGUCUCCGGCAAGUGGCGCACCGUAAUCGGCAUCCUCAACAUUCUGCCCGUGGCCAUCUCCUACGUCCUAUCCGCCGGUCUGGCGUACCUUAUCCGCGACUGGCGUCACCUCCAGCUGGCCAUCUCCUGGCCGUGGCUUAUAAUGCUCAGUAUUUGGUUCUGGCUUCCCGAAUCGCCCCGCUGGCUUCUGGCUCAGGGCCGUCUGGAUGAGUUGUGCCUUCUAAUUGAGCGAGCAGCCCGGAUGAACGGCACCACCGGAAGCCUUCCCCACAACUAUCGCAAGACGCUGGAGGCAGCCGUGCCCCGAGCGGUAACCUCUCCCAAUCCUGAGCAAGCUGGGGAAGAGGCCAAGACCGCAGUUCCCGGAGGAGAGGAGGGUGCCGACUCCCCCAGCCAUGUGAACCCCCUUAGGGUGGUGUUUAGUGCCAAAUAUUGGCGCACCACCUGCCUGACCUUGGUUAUUUGGCUCACCCUAAUCAUUAUCUACUUCGGGCUCACCCUGCACUUGAGCAAUUUGGGUGGCAACAUAUACAUCAACAGUGCCGUAGCAGGAACCGUUGAGGCAGUGUCCAUCUGCAUCAGCAUCGUUGUGGUCCUGAAAUUCGGCAUCCGGAAGAGUCUCAUCGGAUACAUGUUACUGCCGGGUCUCUGCUGUUUGGGUACGAAUUUGGUGAAGGAUCAGACGGGAGUGAUUGCUCUGGCCACUAUUGCCAAAUGCCUGAUUGGAGCCAACAAUGCCAUUAUUCCAACCUACACGGCAAUGCAAUAUCCCACUAUCGUUCGGAACUUUGGCGUGGGCUUGGGAAAUCUAGCCUCGGGAAUAGCCCUCAUCCUAGUGCCCUUCCUUUGGCAAUUGGAGCACAUUGAUGCCUUGCUUCCCUUGAAUAUUAUGGGUGUUUGUGGUCUGGUGGGUGCUGUUGCUAUUAGUCUCAUGAAGGAUGUCGAAUAAGAGGGAUCUUCGAAGCUGGAUUUUGGAAUUUAAACAGGAACUACUACCGUGACAGGAUAUGCCGAACUGUGAUAUACAUAUAUUGGACCUACUUAUGGGGACUCUAAGGACUAACUAAGCCCGACCCAAACGUUUUUCUCAUUCUACCAUAAACUAUGAAUUUAUUUUAUUUAUA